AUGAAGAGAUUUUACCAGGUUAUUCAAACUCCUUCAAGUUCUGGUUUAAGCUCUCCUGUGCCAAAUUCUUCUUCGUGUCCAGUUGUUCAUGACAAAGAUAAAGUGUUGGAUUUGAAUCUUCCUAAACCUGAUCCUGGUGAAAGAAAUCAAAUCUCACAAUAUUCUUAUAAUGAACGUGACCGAAUAAGGAGACAUUAUAUUCAAAAAGGACCAUGCCAACCUCGUGAUCAUAUAUUCCCAAAGAGAGAAUUUGGUGGACUCAUGCGUCAAUUUAAUCCUGACUGGUUUGGUACUUCAUAUUCUGAAUGGUUAGAAUAUAGUGUUAAACUUGAUGCGGGCUUUUGUUUAUGUUGCUACUUGUUUAAAAAUGAACAUGGAAGAGUUGGAGAUUCUUUUACAAAACAUGGUUUUAGAGCUUGGAAUAAAGGUAUAGAAAGGCUUAAUAGACAUAUUGGUGAUGUGAAUAGUCUUCACAAUCGGUGUUUCAAGAGGAUGAGAGACUUAAAGAAUCAAGAACAAUCGAUUGUAACUUCUUUUGACAAGCAUAAUGAGAAAGAUAAAAAUAAUUAUCAAGUUCGGUUGAAUGCUUCAGUUGAUGUGACAAGAUUUCUUUUGAAACAAGGAAUGCCUUUCCGGGGCCACGAUGAAGGUGAAACUUCUACAAAAAGGGGAAAUUUUCUAGAACUUUUAAAAUGGUAUGCAAAUAGGCAUGAUGAAGUGAACAAAGUUGUACUAGAAAAUGCUCCACAAAAUAACAUGAUGAUUGCUCCAAGUAUCCAAAAGGAGAUCGUGAAUGCUUGUGCAAAAGAAACAUUGAAAGCAAUUAUUGAAGAUUUAAAUGGAGAUUACUUUGGCAUAUUGGUUGAUGAAUCUAAGGAUGUUUCUCAUAAGGAACAAAUGGCUCUUGUUCUUAGAUAUGUCAACAAAGAAGGCACACUUAUUGAACGAUUCCUUAGUGUUGUUCAUGUUAAAGAUACAAGUGCAAUAGCAUUGAAAGAUGCUAUCUAUUCUUUGCUUUUAGAGCAUUCAUUAAGUCCAUCUCAAAUACGGGGACAAGGUUAUGAUGGAGCUAGUAACAUGCAAGGAAAAAUCAAUGGUCUUAAAACUCUAGUUUUGGAAGACACUCCUUCAGCUUAUUGCAUACAUUGCUUUGCUCAUCAGUUGCAAUUGACUCUUGUAGCUGUUGCAAAGAAGCACUAUGAUGUAGAUCAAUUUUUUGAUAUUGUUGCUAAUGUCUUGAAUAUUGUUGGAGGUUCUUUUAAGCGCAGGGAGAUUCUUCGAGAAGAUCAAGCAAAAAAAACUAGAGGAAUUACUAGUGCUUGGUGA